UCUUCACUCCCCAUUGACCGAAUUACCGACACACCCACGCGCUUCUUCCGCGUCUCAAGCCCCGUUUCCUUCCAUCACUAUGCCGCCUGCCUCUGGUUGUAGUCGAAUAAAUGCUCCUUUAUUACUCUUCCGAUUCUUCCAUUUCCUCUCCGAUCUUAUCCUUUCCUCCAUUUCCCUCUUGUAAUCUUACCUUCAACAGAUCGGCGAUUCCUGUUUUGGGAAAUCAAUUAAUCGCCUCUCUCUGUAAUGGAGAUACUCUUUAAAGGGGUUGUUUAUUUUGCUCUGUUUUGAUAUCUUCUUCCUGUUUGAUUCCAGAUGGGGUUGCUUAGUAGUGUAAUGGGUUUCUUUGGAUUUGGCUUGGGAACUUCGAUUGGGCUUGUGGCUGGAUAUUAUAUGUUCAUCUAUUUUCAGCCGUCCGAUGUCAAGGAUCCUAUCGUUCGCCCUUUGGUCGAACAAGAUUCAAGCUCAUUGUCACGGUUGAUGCCAGAAAUCCCUCUAUGGGUGAAAAAUCCCGACUACGAUCGCAUUGACUGGCUCAACAAAUUCCUUGAAACUAUGUGGCCUUACUUAGACAAGGCUAUAUGCAAGACAGUGAAGAACAUAGCAAAGCCUAUCAUUGCAGAACAAAUUCCAAAGUACAAAAUCGACGCCGUUGAAUUCGACACGCUUACGUUGGGCUCUCUACCGCCCACGUUUCAAGGAAUGAAAGUUUAUACGACCGACGAUAAAGAGCUGAUCAUGGAACCAUGUAUGAAGUGGGCAGGAAACCCGAACAUUACUGUUUCGGUGAAAGCGUUCGGAUUGAAAGCAACAGUUCAGGUGAUUGAUUUGCAAGUAUUUGUCGUUCCACGUAUAACCUUGAAGCCAUUGGUCCCGACAUUUCCUUGCUUCGCGAAAAUAUUUGUGUCUCUCAUGGAGAAGCCCCAUGUCGAUUUUGGACUGAAAUUGUUCGGUGCAGACACGAUGGCCAUCCCGGGGCUGUAUAGGUUUGUUCAGGAAACUAUAAGAGACCAAGUCGCGAAUAUGUAUCUAUGGCCGAAGACCCUCGAGGUCCCGAUAAUGGAUCCUGUGAAAGCCAUGAAGAAACCUGUUGGCAUCCUUCAUGUGAAGGUUUUAAAGGCAUUGAAGCUUAAAAAGAAAGAUCUAUUUGGGGCAUCUGAUCCUUAUUUAAAACUGAAGCUCACUGAAGACAAGCUUCCUUCUAAGAAAACGACCGUGAAACCGAGUAAUUUGAACCCGGUAUGGAACGAGGAGUUUACGUUCGUCGUGAAAGAUCCCGAGUCACAAGCUUUAGAAUUGGUUCUUUAUGAUUGGGAGAAGGUUGGCAAGCAUGAUAAGAUGGGGAUGAACGUUGUUCCGUUGAAAGAACUUACACCGGACGAGUCGAAGGAGUUUACUCUCGAGGUAUUGAAAAAUAUGGAUCCUAACGAUACACAAAACGAGAAGUCGAGAGGGCAGCUUGUCGUGGAAUUGUUGUACAAACCUUUUAAAGACGACGAAGCUCCAAAAGACGUCGAGGACGAGAAUGCAGUACAAAAGGCUCCUGAUGGAACGCCGGAAGGCGGUGGUUUGCUGGUCGUUAUGAUCCAUCAAGCUGAAGAUGUCGAAGGGAAGCAUCAUACGAACCCCUAUGUUCGGUUACUUUUCCGAGGAGAAGAGAAACGAACUAAGCAUGUUAAGAAGAAUCGAGAUCCGAGAUGGGACGAGGAGUUUCAGUUCAUGCUCGAGGAGCCACCGGUGAAUGAUCGGAUCCAUGUCGAAGUACUGAGUGCGUCUUCGAGGAUAGGCCUGCUUCACCCGAAGGAAAGUUUGGGCUACGUGGACAUAAACCUAUCUGAUGUCGUGUCGAACAAAAGGAUUAACUCUAAGUAUCAUCUGAUAGACUCGAAGAACGGUCGGGUCCAGAUCGAGCUACAAUGGAGAACUUCAUCAUAGGCUAGUGAUUAUUAAGCUACACUAGUGAUUGUUGUUUAAUUAAUGAAAUGUUGAUAUGUUAUGGGUUUAUUUGUAUUUGAUCCAAUAAUAUCAUGCAUUUAUGCUUUUCUUGC